GUAUUUCAUUUCUUUUAUACGGAGGAGUAUAAAGGAAGUAAACGGCUCGUGACCAACCAACCAACCACAAGAUGGAGCACAACCACAGCAGUUCACCGCAUCAACCAGAUCCGCUAAUUCCACCACCGCCAACCGCCCACCCUCACCAACACGCCGCCGCGAGUGCCUGCGCGAACUGCGGCGGUCCCACCUCUUACCCAUCUCCACCUCCCUCCUGUAACCCUUCCUACAUCCCCAUUCGUGCUCCGGCCGUGAACCUCCCCCCCGCGAACACUAAGGAAACCAUCAUCCGUACGCCGGUCCCGCAGUCUCAACAGGUGCUCCCCCUCCCCCCGCCCUACCAAUUUCAAGCUCCGACAAAGAGAAUCCAGUCUCAGAUCGACAUCGAUCGCUUUCAUUCCUCCGACGCUUGCCAGAAUUUCCUCGGCUUCCUGGUCUCCCUCUCCGAGUCUAUUCGCUCCCACAAGCUAUCCGAUCCAUGCCACGUGUCUUCCGAGGUCUCGGCUCUAGUUUUGGUCAUCCAAAACUUGAUUUCAUACGCGGAUGAGAUCCCUCCGGCGCCUCAAUCCUCUCGAUACGGGAACGUAGCUUAUCGGACCUGGCAUGAGAGGAUGUGUUCGGGCGCUGAAGCUUUCAUGAUUCAAUUCCUUCCUGAGGAGCUCCGUUGGGCCACAGUCGAGCUCGUUCCUUACUUCACUGAUAGUUUCGGAAACGCCAUUCGAAUAGACUAUGGAACUGGUCAUGAAACAAAUUUUGCAGCCUGGUUGUAUUGUUUAGCAAGACUAGGAAUUGUGAAAGAAAAUGAUUAUCAAGCUCUUGUGGCCAGGGUUUUUGUAAAAUACUUGGAGCUGAUGAGGAAAUUGCAAAUGACAUAUAAUCUUGAACCAGCUGGUUCCCAUGGGGUAUGGGGACUGGAUGAUUAUCACUUUUUGCCUUUUAUAUUCGGGUCCUCACAGUUGAUUGAUCACAAGUACAUGAAGCCAAAAUCAAUCCAUAACCAAGAUAUUUUGGAGAACUUUUCAAAUGAGUACAUGUAUCUCUCAUGCAUCGCCUUUAUAAAGAAGGUGAAGAAAGGGUUAUUUGCAGAACAUUCUCCUAUGUUGGAUGAUAUCAGUGGGGUGCCGAACUGGAAUAAGGUUAAUAGCGGUUUGCUUAAGAUGUAUAAAAUUGAAGUCUUGCAGAAGGUUCCUAUCAUGCAGCACUUUCUUUUCGGUUCCAUUAUCAGAUGGGAAUGAGAAGAAGGAAUGUUAUAGUCCACCUGGAAAUUCGUUUAACUUGAAGCACCAGCUACUAUUUAUAUAUGGAGUACUAGUCUAUAAAUGAGAUUUUCUUGCCUUUAUGGAGUGCAAUCAAGGACCCCCACGUCUUCCUUUGCAUGCUUAUUUUGUACUGAGAUUGUAGACGCAGAACUGCAGAUGUGUGCUCUGCAUGACUUCUUGUAUUAGCAUUUGCUCCCCUUGUCCUACCUUACUAAUACUAUCAUUAACUAUCAAAAUAACUCUUUUUUUUUACUGUAAUACUCCGUAAGUAAGUAAAUACAGACACAAGAAAAAGGUGAAGCACCACAAGUCCACACCGCCAGACUAAAAGGUACCGAUACACUACUGAUAUAAAGUUGUGGUGGCUGAGCAAUAUAUAAUGUGGUCAACGAGGUUCAUUCUAUUGACCUUCUGGCUACUAGUCCUCUCACUAAGAUUUUUGCCAUGGACAUUUCCCAUAAAACUUUUUUCUUCGUUGUUAAAAGAUACUCCUAAGCUAUAUUUCUUGACAGGGGAGUAUUUUUGAUGCACACAAACACCCUACCUAACCAAUAUUUUAGUAUAAUGGUUAUUCUUAUACCAUCCGUCGUUGACAUGUACUCAUUUUUUUCUUCAUGUGAUGCUAUAUGUUGGAA